UUUGUUUCAAGAACUAAAUUGUUUAUUAAACUAAAAUUUAAAUAUUUUCAGAAAUAACUAAAUUUAUUUACCAGCCAUUUUUUUAAGUUUUAGAAAUUUUAAAAUAAAAAAAUUCACCGAACUACCUAGUAUGGCGACUGCUACUUCUGCUAACCACAUUUUGUGUCUUAUCAAACUAUGCAGACUAUGUGGAAAUUAUAUUGGAACUGACUCAUUUAAUGUAAUAAAUAUAAUAGCAAGAGUUGACCAAGCAUUUUUUACCGAGGUAGGAGAAGACAGAAUGGAGAUCCACCCACCAAAAAUUUGCAUGAAAUGUUAUACAUUAAUGAGACAUAUUGAGCAGCGAGGAACGACCUCUUUUAAUUUCAUUUUAACUAGCUGGCCGCAUACGUGCUCACUUGAAAGCUGUAUAUGUUUUUUAAAGAAAUCUGUCAGAAAGAAAAAGAAACCAUUUGGAAGACCACCAUCAGUUAAUAAAGAUGUUUGGACAAGGAAAUCAAUUAAUGAAAUAUUAGACAGUUUUUCUGAAAUGCCUCGCUUAUGCUAUGAGUCUAUCAGUAUAGUUAAUAACCCCCACAAAGAUUUAUGCAUCUGCAAGAUUUGUAAAAGAAUAUUUCAUCGACCUGUUUUACUUAAUAACUGCCAACAUUUAUUUUGUGCUUCAUGUAUUUUUCCAAAUUUAGUUGGAAAAUUAGAGACAGAAGCAAAAUGCAAGUUAUGUGGCUCUAAUAUAUCUUUAGGUAGCAUUUCAAAAGCAACAACUAUGCAAAAUAUCCUUGAAAAUAUAGUUCUAAAGUGUUCCGAAAAUUCAUGCAAAAGUAUAAGCAAUAAGGAAGAACAUGAACAAGUAUGGAAAAGUGGAAACAUAUUACCCCAAUGUUCAGCAUCGUCUUCCUCUUCAUUGACAGUAAUAGAUAUUUACAAAAUUAAUACAAAUAGUGAUAUUCCUAAAGAACUAGAAUAUGCAUUUGCUCACUUUGCAAAGCUAAAAAUGGCAAAAAACAAUUCACAUUCAUUUGAACUUCCUUCUGGCGGUCCAAGGGCUACACAGUUUUCAGUGACUACAAAGAGCUUUAAAACAUCAACUGAGAUUAGUCAGAAAACCAUUUAUAGACGUCAAAAGCAACUCCACCAAUCACUGAUAGAUAAUGCAGGACCAACAAAAAAGGCAAAAAUACAACAAGUAGCACUUAUGCUCAAUUCUUUUAAUAAAAACGAUAAAAUUGAUAUUCUAAAAAAAUCAAAUCUCUCCCAAGUUGAGAUAGGACCAGAAGAUAUUGUAUCACUUAAAGCAGACUGUGGUUUACCUUGGGAAAAGAUGAAAAAAAUGAUAAGAUUUUUCCAGACAAAAAAUGUCAAAUUACCCUCACUUUCUAAUCAACGAAAAGUUGCAAAAUAUUGGUCAGGUAACGAUUUGAUGUUUGAAGAUAAAGAACUGCUGUUUGAAUUAAAAAACAAAAAAGGAACUUUUGAAUUGAAAGAUACACCUACAGCAUAUAUUAAUGAUUUGCCAUCACAUUUAAUCAAGGUACUGGAUCAGUUAGAAAGAUAUAACCAACUAACAUUUGAAAAGAUAACUCCUAGUGAAAUACAUAUAAAGAUUGGUGGUGACCACGGAGGUGGUUCAUUUAAAAUGAGCUAUCAGGUAGCUAAUGUUGCUACACCCAAUUCAAAAAAUAAUACGACUGUUUUCAAUAUAUUUGAGGCCAAAGAUUAUAGAGUAAACCUCAAAAUUUCACUCUCAAGACACAUAGGUGAAAUUAGACAGCUUCAAGCAAUGAAAUGGAGGGAAAAAUGUUUGCGUGUAUUUAUAUUUGGUGAUUAUGUAUUUUUGUGUGCUAUUUAUGGCAUCACAGGAGCAACUGGUCGUCAUUGCUGUUUAUUCUGUGAAAUCACAUCAAGUGAAAUGCAAUUGAACAUUAAAGCUAGAACGCGACUGAUUCUUUUGAGAACGCUUGCAACUUUAAAAUCAGAUUAUGAACGAUUCAAAAAUGAUGGAGGCAAUAUCAAACGUGCAAAGAAUUUCAAUAAUGUAAUUGAUGAGCCGUUAUUUGAUAUACCAAUUGAACAGAUAGCAAUACCAGCUCUACACAUCUCAUUGGGAAUAUUUCUAAAAUUCUUCAAAAUGUUAGAGGUAGAAUGUCAUCUCCUUGAUAUCAAACUAGCUGGAUUUCUAGCAAUAAAUGAUAAACACCUUGAAUCAAGUGAAUUUGACAAAUAUGUUGAGAAGCAGGCAGAGAUACAUCAAUUAGAAUAUGACGUUGAUGAUAUAAAUACAAAAAUUCUUCUUAUUCAAGAUACAAUAGUCGUUGAAGUAUUUCGCAGCCCUAAAAAUACAGAGUACUUGCAGUUAAUGUACUCUGAGAGAAUUGCAUUGUUAAAAUCGAAGAGAAUAGAAAAGGAAGGAAAAAUUGCGGAAUGCUCAAAAUUUAAGUUAAUAGAAGGAAUGGGGCCAAUAUUAAAGGAAAUUGAAUCUGUUUUGCAGUCAUGUGGAGUACAACGUCAAGCUUAUCACAGUUGCUCGUUCGUUGGAAAUCAUGUUCACAAAAUGUUAAAGGUUGAUAACAUAAAAAAGUUAUGUGACUCAAUUUCUCAAACAGUUUUUAAUAAUAUAGCAGAUAGAGAACAUCCAAUUUAUAUGGAGGCGGUUGACAUACAGCAAAAAUUUAAAGCAUUAUUUCACAAAUAUUCAAAGUGCGACAAUGAAAUGAAUUCAUGUCACUUAUUCAACGAAGAAAAUAUAAAGAGUUUCGAAACAGCUGUAUGCGAAUUAAUGAAGUUUUUUAGUAGCACUUGGCCUAAUGAGUCAAUAACUCCAAAAAUGCACUUGUUGGAAAAUCAUAUUGGAGUUUUUUUGAGCACAUGGGGAGUUGGCCUUGGGCUAUAUGGGGAGCAAGGUGGCGAGAGUAUUCAUGCCGAGUUUAAUAAUAUUGGAAGAAUAUACUCAACCAUGUCUGGUACGAGAAAACUAGAAUGUAUCAUGAGAGAUCAUUUUAUAAGAAAUAAUUUAAUUGCGAGUUCGUUAAAACCGCCAAUCGUCCUUCGAAGAAAAAAAAUUAUAUAAUAAAAUUUAUAGUUUAUAUAUAAUAAAGUAUUUAUGCAAAUUAUUAUUAUUAUGCAAUAAUUAUGUAAUUAUCAAAUUUAUUGUUUAAUUUAUUUAUAUAUUUAUUAUGUUUAUAUAAGGUUCUUAAAGAUUUCGAAAUAGGUCGGCCCUAUUAUUUUACAAUUAGUAGAAAA